GUGUGUGUGUGUGAGAGAGAGAGAGAGAGAGAGAGAGAGAGAGAGACUGGGAUUGUCUGUAGUCGCUGUGUCCUUACGUAUACAAGGGUGGACGGGAUUAAAUUGAAAUUAAAUUCAGACACAAAUCUCUCGGAUGGAUUUGAGCGGCUGUGACUGAAGGAUCACCGGCGAUGACAAGGCUCUCUUGUAGCUGAUCAUCCCUAGAGGGUUUGAAGCCCCGCUCACCUCUCCUGCCCCUGCCCCACUACCCAGUUGUCCUCCUUGGUUUCUCCGGAACACGGCCACUUUCUCCACCCCAAACUCCACCCUAACCCAGGACUUCUGGACGAGGAACGAUUAAACAGGAGAGACGACGUUUGUUUGUUUUUUGUUUGUUUUUUAAAAAUGGAUGAUUUGAAGCAAACGAUGGGACGCCAGCUACUCGUCAGCGUCCAUAUUUAGAGUAGAAGGAAAACGUUGUGGACAGAAGGAGGACAUUUUGUUUGGGGGGGAAAAGGAUCACAGAAGGGAGGACGUUUGUUGAUGAAAAAUCGCUUCCUGUUUAUAUAAAAUAUCGUCUUUUAAAGAAUACACAGCUCUACGCUUACGGGAAGCUGUAAGGGUUUUACACGCACACACACACACACACACACACACACACACACACACACACACACACACACACACACACACACACACACACACACACGUGACCCACUCUCACACUUCAAAGCCUCAGGAUGAUGUGCGAGGUGAUGCCCACUAUAUCAGAGGACGGUCGUGGUGGAGGCGGAGGACCGUCCUCGCCUGCCGGGGGCGGGAGUGGUAUGGGAGGGGGCAUCGGGGGCAUCGGGGGUAGUUACGAGGGUGGCAGCACGGGCAACCUGGAGUCUCUGAUGGUGAACAUGCUGACAGAGAGGGAGCGGCUGCUGGAGAGUCUGAGGGAGACGCAGGAGAGUCUGGGGACGGCACAGCUCCGCCUCCGGGAACUGGGACACGAGAAGGACUCGCUCCAGAGACAGCUGUCCAUCGCUCUGCCUCAGGAGUUUGCCGUCUUGACCAAAGAGCUGAAUGUGUGUCGAGAACAACUACUGGAGAGAGAGGAAGAGAUCGCAGAGCUCAAGGCAGAGAGGAACAACACACGGUUGUUGUUGGAGCAUUUGGAGUGUUUAGUGUCUCGUCAUGAGCGCUCUCUGAGGAUGACGGUGGUGAAGAGACAGGCUCAGUCUCCUGCUGGUGUUUCCAGCGAGGUCGAGGUGCUCAAAGCUCUCAAGUCUCUGUUCGAGCACCACAAGGCUCUGGACGAGAAGGUGAGGGAGCGACUGCGUGUGGCUCUGGAGCGAGUCGCAGUCCUGGAGGAAGAGCUUGAAUCCUCAACCAACGAGGUUUUGACUCUGCGUGAUCAGAUUAAACGGCGAGAGCGUGGGCAGGACAACGGUAAAGAGCGUCUUCCGAAUGGCCCGUCCUCCAUCUUGGAUGAUGGAGAGAUUGACAGACAGAGGGAGGGAGAGAUCGAGCGCCAGAGGGCAGAGCUUUCACAGCUGAAAGAGCGACUGGCUCUAAUGUGCAGACAGGUGUGUGCGAGACAGAGGGAGAGGAUGAACGAUGAACAUAACAAACGCCUGUCCGACACGGUGGACAAGCUGCUGUCCGAGUCGAAUGAGCGCCUGCAGCUCCAUCUGAAGGAACGCAUGGCAGCUCUAGAGGAGAAGAACGCACUGUCUGAGGAGCUCGCCAAUAUGAAGAAGAUCCAAGAUGAUCUCCUGGCAAACAAGGAUCAGCUGAUUGCAGAAUUAGAGAGGCUGCAGCUGGAACUGGAUCAGUUGAGAGGCAGGUCCGGCUCCUCCUACUCUCGCUCUCUUCCUGGCAGUGCUCUGGAGCUCAGGUACUCCCAGGGAGGAGGUUCUCUACCUGCGGGCUCCACCACUCACCUGGAUCAUUAUGGCAGUACAGGCUCAGGGGGCGUGGUCAGAAGGGCUCACCGUGGACGCUGGGGCGGAGCCAGAGAGGAUGCCAGCAAGUACGGCGAAUGGGACAGCGGCGCUUUGCUCGGCCCGGGUUUCGAAGGUGGAGUCGAGGGCGGCUGCUCUGACGACGACGAGGAUCGCGAGACGCUCUUCGGAUCUGAGCUGCUUUCUCCCAGCGGACAGACGGACGUCCAGACGCUGGCCAUCAUGCUUCAGGAGCAGCUGGAAGCCAUCAACAAGGAGAUCAAGCUGAUUCAGGAGGAGAAGGAGAACACGGAGCUGAGGGCUGAAGAGAUCGAGAGCCGUGUGAGCAGCGUGGCUCUGGAUGGACCCCCGGUUCCUCCAUCCUCUUUGGGAAGAGACUCCAGUGGCAGGACCUUCAUUACUCCUUCUCUCACCUCCUCCACCUUGGCGUCUCCUUCUCCGCCCAGCUCGGGUCACUCCACCCCACGCCUACCCCACUCUCCGGCACGCGAGACCGAGAGACAGAACAACAAGGAAGACGAUAGGUCCCUGGCCCUGCUGGACUCCACCCCUCCACCCACCCCUCGUGCACUGCGAUUGGACAGAAUGAGCCACACCCACCCCGGGGCCAUGCUGGACGACAGCCGUGAGUUUCGCAGCCUCUCAGCAGAUGGCAGCAGCUCUAACAGCAGUCAGGAUUCUCUUCACAAGGCCAGCAAAAAGAAAAGCAUCAAGUCUUCCAUUGGCCGUCUUUUUGGAAAGAAGGAGAAGGGACGCAUGGGACAGCCUGGCCGCGAGUCCACCUCUUUGGCGUCCACUCCCUCGGAUGAUCUGGGCUCCGUUGACCCGCUCGGUCUCACCAAGAUGGCCGGACCUGUGGACAAGGACCGCCGCAGCAAGAAGAAACACGAGCUGUUGGAGGAGGCGUGUCGUCAGGGGCUCCCUUUCGCCUCCUGGGACGGCCCCACCGUGGUGUCCUGGCUGGAGUUGUGGGUGGGCAUGCCAGCAUGGUACGUGGCAGCAUGUCGUGCUAACGUGAAGAGUGGAGCGAUCAUGGCUAAUCUUUCCGACACAGAGAUCCAGCGUGAGAUCGGCAUCAGUAACCCACUGCACCGCCUCAAACUGCGCCUCGCCAUUCAGGAGAUGGUGUCACUCACAAGCCCAUCUGCCCCGGCCAGCACCCGCUCCUCGACCAGUAACGUGUGGAUGACGCACGCUGAAAUGGAGUCUCUCACAGCAGCCACCAAACCAGAGCUGAAGGAGUUCAGCUGGGAUCAGAUUCUGGCUUACGGUGAUAUGAACCAUGAGUGGGUGGGGAACGACUGGCUGCCCAGUCUGGGUCUGCCACAGUACCGAAGCUACUUCAUGGAGUCUCUGGUGGACGCCCGCAUGCUGGACCACCUCACCAAGAAAGAGCUGCGUGGACAACUCAAAAUGGUGGACAGCUUCCACAGGGUGAGUCUGCACUACGGCAUCAUGUGUCUGAAGCGACUGAACUACGACCGGAAGGAGUUGGAGAGGAAGAGAGAUGAGAGCCAACACCAGAAUAAAGAUGUGAUGGUUUGGUCGAACGAGCGAGUGAUGUGCUGGGUUCAGUCCAUCGGUCUGAAGGAAUUUGCAGAUAACCUGGCUGAGAGCGGAGUGCAUGGAGCUCUACUCGCCCUGGACGACACCUUUGACUACACCGACCUGGCCCUGCUCCUGCAGAUCCCCAACCAGAAUACACAGGCACGCCAAGUCCUGGAGAAAGAGUACAACUCCCUGAUCGCCAUGGGAACCGAGCGGAGGCCAGAUGAGGAUGGCACCAAGACGUUCACUCGCUCUCCAUCCUGGAGGAAGAUGUUCCGUGAGAAGGACCUAAGAGGAGUGACCUCAGAUUCUUCAGAGACGCUGCCUGCUAACUUCCGCGCCUCUGCCAUAUCCACUCCAUCCGUGACUCUGCGGAAGGUUCAGAGUGAAGUUUCUCCAAGGGGCGAGUCAGCAUCAGUGAGAACAUACUCUUGCUGAAGUCCUCAAAAGGGGGCGCCAUUGGCACAUGACUGCGAAACGUGCGGAGAGAGGGGGGAAAAAAGCAAUGAUUAUAUACAUUUCGAAAACAUGAAGAAAAGAAAAAAAAACCCCACUGGUCUGAACCAUUCUGCAAUAACAGAAGAUGGAGCUGUGGAAAUGGGAGGAAGAUAUAAAAAAUAAAAAAGUACUUAAGGACUAAAGACGUGACGAAUGUAUGAGAUAGGAAGGACAAUGAGGACACUCAGACUGGCGUGGGACCGGAGGACUCUUUUUAUCUUUCGCUCUGUCGUUCUCUCGUCCCUUUUUGUCCGUGCCAUGAUGUCUCUCAGUUGUCGGUUUAAUCAAAGCUGCCUCUUUCUCCCCCUGUUCCUUCUUUUAUUCGGACCAGCCCUGUGCGGAUUGUAUCAGCUCAUAAAAAAACAAAACAAAAAAAAACAGAAAGCAGCUUUUUUUUUUUUUAACCCUUUUCUCACCCAGGGUUGUAUUUAUCGUUUUCCACCCAGACAGGAUGGAAGGUAGCGCAGACAGACGACAUCAUUAAAGAGAAGAGAGAGAGAGAGAGAGAGAGAGAGAGAGAGAGAGAGAGAGAGAGAGAGAGAGAGAGAGAGAGAGAGAGAGUAAGGGGUCAAGCGUAACGGAAGGCGGUGUCUCCGCUACCCACCGUGCGAGGAACCUCAUGCCUGAAAAGCAUUACCGGAUUUCCCCCAAGCCAUAACAGAGGACGGAGAGCGAAGCGCAGAGGACAAAAAGAGAACGAAAGUAAACGAGAACUGAAUCAUUUCUUCUGUGUUGCGAUGCAUGUCGAACAUCGAACAACGACUCAAACCUUUGGGGGGGAAAUAAGACCACAUGUGAAUUCAGAAUCUAAACUAAAUGUACAUUAUCAUACGACGACAUCGAGAGCCUGGGGAACAAUUUGUACAAUGUGUGUAUUUUCAUUUUUAUUUUUUUGAUUUUGUAUGAUAACUAUAUUUAUUUUAUUUAUGUAUGUAUCGAACAGCCGUAUGUACAUGUUCAUUUAUUACCUAAUUCUGACUGUACGUUUGAUUUUAUCUAGUACGAAGCGUAAAAUAUCUAAAAAGGAAAAAAAAAAAAAAAACAUAUGAAAAACAUGGUCAUAUGAAAUUAUGCUACUUGUAAUGUGUAAAAUUUUGAGGACAAACUUGUGUUAUGAUUUCAAACGAAACGGCGCCAAGGAUGACGGCGACUCGGAUCCAACGCGCCGCCGCCUGUGAAAUAAAAAGUCAUAAAGCCACUGACGCUAUAUAACGGAGGAUGUGAAAAUUAAAAUAAAGCGGUCCUGAACGGUACCUCAGGUCAUCUCGGUGUGUUUGUGAUCCGCUCAGAGCGACUCUAGAGCAUGUAUCGGGUUUCGUGUGUCGUGUGCGUACGUGAGUAUGUGUUCCGCUGUGUAAAUGACCGUUGUUGAUUCGCUGCAACCCUAAGACUGAGGACAUGUAUGUAUGUUUGCAAAAAAACACACAAAAAAACAAAGGUAUUUGUACAUGUGCAAAUAUAUUCAUUAAGAAUUCA